GAUACAGUAUUCAAUGUCACUCUGAAGUUUUUUCUAAUUUUAUCAGCUAAACACAUCGCUUUCCAAGACCCAAAUUACCAAAGAGUUUCCCAAAACGUAGAAAACUGUCAUCCGCACAAUGCAAUACGAGUGAAAGCCAUAGCCAACAAUAUGGAUCCCAUCCAUAAUUUAGACCUCGAAGAAGUCGAAGGAAACACUCAAUCGUCUUAUUAUACAAUGCAAUACGUAGCAUUUGAUACUUAUUCCCUGGCAGUGCUAUAAUUGAUUAAAAUUGUACACUUCGUGAGCCAAAUUUGCAUAACCUGCAUCACUAUUAACGCACUUUAUUAUGCAAGAGCCGGAAUGAAAAUUAGCUUCAUUUACGAGAAUGUGGAAACUGCUAUUUAUUUAUGUCACGGCGCAAGUUCCACAAUUCCAUUCAAUCCUUGGGUCGUUUUUGCAUCAAUAAUGGUGAUAAUUCCGCUAAUGCUUUCGUACAAUGAGGAAUUCCUUGGUACGCCGUUUACUGCAUUUUGUAGCUACACAGCAUCCCCGUUCCGUCAGCCAUGUCCCUGCAAUCCGAUGGGAUGGAAGACCAUGUUUCGAAUUUUGAUGUUAUCUAUAACAUUACCAAAGUCAAUUUGAUGGGGCGCAAGCUUCGGGUUGUGGGAUUGGCUGACCCUGAUUACGCGUACCAGUUGACCUUAAAAAAUUGUUCAGAUGGUUCAAUCGAUUUCAACUCGGGAUUCGCAUUGGAUUUACUUUUACUGCUUCAAUACUCACUAAAUUUUACAUAUGUCGCCUUGAAGGGUGAAGGCUGGUCCGACUUGCUGCCAAAUGGUUCAUGGGCAGGAGUAGGACGUCAAGUGCUGUCGAAUGAGGCAGAGUUUUCGAUUGCUCAAGCUACCCUACUUCCCUGGAAUGUGAAAGUUUUCGAUUUUUUGUUCCCUACAUCAAAGGGAUUUUUGGUGGCAGCAUUUCGACAACCACCAUCCAACUCGGUCAGAAACAUUCUGACGGCAUCCUUUCCACCCGUUUUGUGGCUUGUUUUAUUCAUAUUUGCAUUAAUAUUCAUCAUAUCGAUCAAAGUUUUACAUUUCGGUAAAACAUUUUACAACGAACGAGUGUGUUCAGUAAUUAAAAGUGUCGAUAUUAAUGAGGAGGAGGAGGAAGAAGAAGAAGAGGGCUGGAUGGACGCCUUGCUCGCGUUGGAUGCUAGCUACUGGGUUUUGGUCACCUUUUGUCAGAGGAAUUCAGUCGGGUCCCCAGAAUCAAUUCCGAUGAGAAUUAUUUACUUAGCGUUGACAAUUUUAUGCAUCGUUGCAUAUGUCGUUUUUUCCGCUGCUCUGGUUUCCAACCUGUCCGUCGAACUAUUACCGAUUCGUACAUUUACUGAUCUUAUCCAAAGUCAACUCAGAAUUUAUGGAGACGUAUCGAUCCCUUUUACUCAUGAUUAUGUCAAAAACAUUGUUAACGAGCGUCUCACAGGCGAAGGAAAAUCUCUCCUCCCAUCUUUAGAUGAUACGUAUUUUGUCAAUGUUCAAAACGGCGUGCGGAAAGUGAUUGAUCGAAAAAGCACCUACAUCUCGUUCGAGGAUGCGUUAAACACGGCGUAUAAAAUCGACUUCAAAAUGGGGGACGACUACAUUUGCAACAAUCUGUUCAAGCUGACAGUCCCCGGGGUCCGGAUGAAUGGGGGCAUGAUGUUUCGAAAGGGGUCUGGUCUAAGGCAGAUUUUUAACCCAAAAGUGGCGAUGCUGUACGAGCGUGGAUUCAUUAAAAGAUUUACUACAAUUUGGUACGGCUCAUUGUUUCCUCGAUGUCUGGGUGACGUUGUUCAUGCCCCUCCACCCCUCAAUUUGCAAGACGUUUCUACCGCAUUUAUGAUCCUGCUCCUCGGCCUGCUCCUUUGUUCCGUGAUCUUCUGCGGGGAGCGAGCGUGGCUUUAUUUUCUUCUUCUGUACGAUUGGAACCACGUGUGGAAUAAUUAUAGUUAUCCUUGUCGUAAUUGCAAUGUCUUACGAAACAAGAAACAUGUGCGCAGUUCGCCAGAUUUAUUUCGAUGAAGAAAUGAGAGCUUGAUUAUUAUUGUGCUGGAAUCUUUCUACUGUUGCAUAUUGAUUUUGGUAAUAAAUUAUAUAACGAACUGGGUGAGUGAGUUAAAAAAAGCUACGAAUGGAAUGGGCGUGUUACCAAAUUGGUCAUCAAAUAAGUAUGUACUUUGCAAAAUAGAGAUGAUUUAAUGAUCUUCAAAGACUUCUGGGUUCUCUCUCUCGGCUGAUAACAACAAGUCAAUAAGUCUAGCGUUUUUGUGUCAUCUCUUUGUUGUGAUUUUGCUUAAUAGCACCAUCGUCAUCGUGAUCAUGGCAAGUUUAGUCUGCAACUCUGAUCGUUUUACUGGUUCGUCUUCUGGAUUAAACACAGCAGUGAUUUGAUGAUGAGACAAAGCAGCACGAGUGUAAAAACUCGUUUUCAUUGCCUAUGUUAAGGAGCAUGCAAAUUGAACCCCUGUUGGAAUUCAUUAGCAACCUUGCAGAGGUCCUGUUCGUGAGUGGCGACGAGCAAAAACAGCUAUGUAUAGUCCAUAUUGAGAGAUUGUUGUCUUGAUAUUGCUGUAAAUAUGAUCAAGUAGUACCUCGGAAUACAUAUAGUAUUCUGAUAUCUCGGCAAAAAUCUAAUUUAGUAAGCGCUGCUGAGAAUGUUUAUGAAAAACUGGAAAAAUCUGGGCCUUUGUUUCUCGUUCCUUUUACAUAUGAGCUGUUGAUUGGGUGGGUCCUCUGCAGAAAUUGGUAUAAAUAGCUGGCCACUCCAGCACGACGGCAUCACAAGCCAUUUAAACACUUUACAAAACAAAUCUUCAAACCAAACCAAACCAAUCUUCAAGAUGUCUCGACUUUUCGCCCUCAUGGUCCUCGUCGCCAUCGUCGCCGCUGCCUCUGCCCAAUACGUCUACUCUGGACUGGGCUACUCCGGAUACGGGUAUGCUGCACCCGUCUGGGGAGGAUACGGAUACUCUACCCUCGGAUACGGUGCCUACCCAGCCUGGGGAGGUUACAGCGGACUUGCUUACUACAAAAAGUAGAUUACUUUCGUGACCUUUGAAUUUCGAAAUCAGUUUUUUUUAAAUUCCGUCAAAAUUUUCAAUGGCCCAUUCCAAUAAAUUUGCAAUCGUAAUCUAA